CGUGUUUAAUGCAUUUGUAGCUGCUGAUGAAGUUGAUUUUAUUGCUUCAUUUCAAAUGUUUUCAUGGCUUCUCUUGAUUUUUUGUUCUGCCCUCACCCCGGCUCGUGCCACUGCUACCGUGACCCUGUAACACGUCGAACCAGGGCUCCAUUGCAUUUACCUUUCUCUGGGAGAGGUCGAGAUGGUGUACGACUAGUGCAAAUGAAGUCCUUUCUAUUUGUUUACUGGAUAGUCUCAGUGUGGUCUCCUAAUCGGAAAGCAUUGUCAUACAAGACCUUCUGACUUACCGUGGAUUACUUGAGAGCUGAUCACGUUGCUGCCCUGGAGAGGCUGGUUCACUUUAUUGGACCAAAAAUGACGGAAAUCUAUAGUCCCACAGCUUGCAGACAGUUAUCUCAGAUGGCCAUUGCAAUCAUCUUCUUUCACGGUUCUGAAUAUCUCUUAGCCCUUUCUAUUCAUGGGAGAUCGAACGUAUCUCUUAAUUCUCUUUUGAUUAGCAAAAGCUAUCUUCUGGCAAUGUUAUUUUCAUUGGUGGAAUACGUUAUUGAGGUUACUUUAUUUCCCGAGCUAAAGGAAUAUUGGGCGAUCAGUAAUUUGGGACUCGCCAUGGUUGUGAUUGGGGAAAUUAUACGGAAGAUGGCGAUUAUAACAGCUGGGCGGGCCUUUACGCAUGUUAUAAGAGUUCAUUAUGAUGAGCGUCACCAAUUGAUUACGCAUGGGAUAUACAAGUUUAUACGUCAUCCAGGGUACUGCGGUUUCCUCAUAUGGUCUGUGGGCACACAAAUAAUGCUCUGCAAUCCCUUAUCAACUAUCGCAUUUGCAGCUGUUGUUUGGCGCUUCUUUGCUAAGAGAAUAGCAUAUGAAGAGUUCUUUCUGAGACAGUUUUUUGGAGCACAGUAUGAGGAAUAUUCUCGGCGAGUUGUGUCUGGUGUCCCAUUUGUAAAUUGGAGGUCAACCAAUGUUGUGAACUGAGAUGUAUGCUCCGCUUUUCAGUGUCUCCGAGUUCCCUCUCAUCGCGUUCUGAGACUGACUACACUGCACGUGGCUGGAGAUAUUUAUAAAGUUGGGGCAGGACGUUUGGUUUGUACAUGUGCUUGUUCCUGAGCGAUGAUGCAGAUCGUGGCUUCGCGGCCUCAACAGUCAUCACAGAGUUCGGGGAAACCGAGUUGAUUUCGUCCAAACUUGUACUAAAUUAUUGCAUGUCCUGUCUCAAAUCAUUACGUUUUCCUGUGGCGGGUGCUCUGAUGUGAUUCAGCUUAGGCAUGUCCAAUCAAACGAUGUCCAGCGUGGCAUCCAUUCAAUUAGGUCCCUUUGGUUUGGCUGUGCGCUUAAAAUGCAAGGUAUCCGCUACUUAUGACAAUGAUGGAUCUUGCUCCGGUCUUAGUCCUCCUUUUAGUAAUUAUUAUCCCUAUUUUAUGAAACAAAGAAGAUAACCAUCAAUACUAAUGUGAAAUACAAAAUCUGCGAAGAGCAAUACGGUUACAGAUCAUUUUGAUCCCCGUGCAGAUGUAUGGAUCCAUUCUAUGAUAAUAUUGGCGUAUUUUUUACCUAA